AUGGGAUCUCUUGCUACUUUGGCCAAGUGGUUGGGAAUCGCGAUCUUAAUUUCAACGUACAAGUCUCUCCCUGGUGCUUAUUUUGUUCGGUUUUAUGCCAGGGUUAUUGACAACCUGGUCUUGCCUUUGAUCUUUGGCAAAAACACCAAAACAAUUCAACAGCUGCAAAACGAUAAAUAUGGCUGUUUCUCAUACUCGAAAUUGAGUACUUACGCAUCCCUGUUUGAAUGUGACUUUUAUUUGCACAAGAGUAACAGCACUUAUUUUGAAGAAUUGGACGUGUCCAGAACGGAUUUGAUGACGAAAAUCUUCCAAAAGCUGUUUCUCACCUCCAAACGCUAUCCGUAUGUCCCAGUUGCAAACGUAUUUACGACUUUCAUGAAGGAAAUAAAACCUUUCCAGGCAUAUGAAGUCCGCAGCUGCAUUCUCUGUUGGGACGAAAAAUGGCUGUAUGUCAUGAGUAGGUUUUUGACCAAAAAUGGCUCUCAGCUUGCAGCUCUUUCCAUUACUAAAUACGUUUUGAAAGACGGCAGGAAGACCAUACCCCCACAAACAGCUUUGGAAAUUUGCGGCCUUUACAAUGAAGACGUGAGAAAAAUCUCGGAGCAAAACAUGCAGCUGUUGACACAGCAGUGUGGCUUUCAUAAAACUAGUCCGCUAGAGGAAAUGAAACACGAUUACAAUCAAAUUUAG